AUGCGUUGGCUGAUGGUCCGCUUUGCGGGAUUGGCCCUUAGUCUCAUGGACCCAAUGAGACAAGCAGAACGUCGACGGGACAGCACUUUAUUAGCUGGGGGCGGCCCAACUUGGGCGGGCGGUCCGGUCAAGUGUGAAGACUUCCUCCACUGUCAGGAGGAAGCCCCAGGUACCCCGCUCAUACGUCCAUCUAGCGGGGCUUUUUGA